AUGAUGAAGUUGUUUGGUAUAUUUGUUCUCGUUUUUUUACUUGAUAAAGGAAAUUUUAUUGAAUGUUUACGAUGCGCAUAUGACUGUCCUUUUGUUGCUUUUCCAUUGAAUGUGUCAAUACCCAUAAAUGUAUGUAAACAUCAAGAACGAGAUAAUGCACAAUGUUCGGUAAUUUUAGUAAUUGAUUUUGAAAGUCAGCUUGUUUCUGGUGUAUUAAAUAUAGAAAAUCGUUAUGCUAUUGCUUCUCUCAAAACUGAAACAAAAUUUAAGUUAAAAUCAAAUUCUGUUAUUUCAACAAUAUGGUACACAUGUACAAUGUCAGAUUUUUGUGAUUUUGAAUUUAUUAAUGAAUUACUAACUAAUAAAUUAGCUCAAAUCAAUGCAACAUCUCUUCAACAAAAAUUAAUUGAUUUUCUUUAUACUCCAAUACCUAGUCAAAUAAAUAUUCAAUGUUCUAAUAGAUUAUGUUCAUGGAAUAGUUUUUGUCAAUCAGAUUUUCGAAAUAUAUUUACACCACAAUAUAAUUAUACGUAUAUUGAUGGAACAUUACCAUGUAUUCAAAUUUCACAAAAUGAUCAAUUUAUAAAAAUUACUCAACAAUAUUUACCUUCGGCUGUUCAAUUAUCAGAAAUGAAUAUGCGAUGCAAUGUUAAACAAUGUAAUACUGACAAUAUUGUAUCAGAAGUUUAUACAUUGAUUCAGAAUGAAUUCACUCUACUACUUAAUUAUUCAAUUUUAAAUCUUAACACAACUUUUACGACAACAACAUCACCAUCUGCUGCUUCAUUAUUAAUACUAUCAAAAUAUUUUUUUAUUUUUUUAUCUAUUAUUAUUUUGUUUGCUUAA